GUUAUUUUUACUUUGAUGGGUUGGAAAGAAAGAAAAACUAUGUAUCCACAUACUUUCAGGGUGUGUUGUUGAUUUUCCUAUUGCUAUUGAAUUUCUGAAGUAAUAACAAUGUAAAUUAUCAGAUAUCAUGCUUUCACCAUGCUUCAUUGCUUAGAUGAAACAUUUCCACCACACUGAAUAUGUCUGUAACAUUAUACUCCCUUCGAAUGUUCCUUCAAAAUUCACUGCUCAAUACAAAAAGUACACAACUUUCAAGCAGAUUCACCUCCUCCCUCGCUUUUGUUCCAAACCCAUAUGUCAUAUUGCGUGAUUACAAGUUUUCAGGGAAGUACGUUGCUAGAAACACAAAAAUCCUGCAUGCCCAUUUUCUAAAAACUCAUUUUUUACAAUCUGGUAUCUUCUUCAUGAACUCUUUGAUUGAUUUAUACUGUAAGUCUGCUGACAUGGUCGCUGCUCACAAACUGUUUGAUACAAUUCCUCUACCAAAUAUUGUUUCUUGGAAUGUCAUGAUAUCUGGUUACAAUCGUAGUUCCAUGUUUGUGAAGUCGUUGGAGAUGUUUUGUAGGAUGCAUUUGUUUGGUUUUGAGCCUGAUGAGUUUAGUUUUGGAAGUGUUCUUUCGGCUUGUGUUGCUUUGGAGGCUCCACUAUUUGGUAUGCAAGUUUUUUCAGUUCUUAUGAAAAAUGGUUUUCUCGAAAGUGGUUAUGUUCAGACUCAAAUGGUGGAUAUGUUUUGUAAAAAUUUCAACUUUACGGAGGCUAUGAGGUUUUUUAAUGAUGUUUCAUGUGAUAAUGUGGCGAGUUGGAAUGCUAUUAUUUCUUUGGCAGUUAAAAAUGGAGAAAACCAGGUUGCGUUGAAUCUGUUUCGUGAAAUGUGUUGUGCAUGUUUAAUGCCGAAUAGUUAUACAUUUCCAAGCAUCUUAACAGCUUGUUGUGCGCUUAAAGAGAUGCAGAUAGGGAAAGGAGUUCAUGGAUUGGCGAUCAAAUGUGGUGCGAUGGAUGUCUUUGUGGAGACUGCUACCAUUGACUUGUACACCAAAUUUGGAUGUAUGAGUGAAGCUUAUAGACAAUUCUCUCAGAUGCAAGUCCAAAAUGUGGUGUCUUGGACUGCUUUAAUUUCUGGGUUUGUGCAAGAGGAUGAUACUGCUUUUGCACUAAAGCUUUUCAAAGAUAUGAGGAAAAUCGGUCAGGAGGUAAAUACCUAUACCAUUACUAGUGUACUUUCUGCGUGUGCUAAACCUGAGAUGAUCGAGGAGGCAGAAGAACUUCAUUCCUUGGUAAUAAAGUUAGGGUUGGUUUUGGAUGAUAAGGUUGCAGCUACUUUAGUCAACAUGUAUGCAAAAAUAGGAGAAGUUGGGUUAUCCGAAUUAGCCUUCAGCGAGACAACAAAUACGAAGGAUCCGGGCAUAUGGGCGUCGAUGUUGUCUUCUUUUGUGCAGAACCAAAAUUAUGGAAGGGCACUUGAGCUAUUCACUGUAAUGUUCGGAGAAGGAGUGAAACCUGAUGAGUAUUGUAUUUGUAGUUUAUUAAGUAUUAUAAGCUGCUUAAGUCUAGGGUCUCAGGUGCAUGGUUAUAUUUUAAAGUCUGGGUUAGUUACUGAUGCUUCUGUAGGUUGUUCGCUUUUUACAAUGUAUUCAAAAUGUGGUUGUUUAGUAGAAUCCUAUAAAGUUUUUCAACAAGUACACGUGAAAGAUAAUGUUUCGUGGGCGUCCAUGAUUUCUGGUUUUGCAGAGCAUGGAUAUCCUGAUCAAGCUCUUCGACUAUUUAAAGAAAUGCUAUAUCAAGAAAUUGUACCUGAUCACAUUACAUUAAUCUCGAUUCUAACUGCAUGUGCUGAUCUUCGAUUCUUACAGACAGGUAGAGAAAUUCAUGGUUAUGCUUUUUGUUUAGGACUAGGACAAAAUACAGUUGGUGGUGCACUUGUAAACAUGUAUUCUAAGUGUGGAAGCUUGAGUUUGGCAAGAAAGGUGUUUGAUAUGCUUCCUUCUAAGGAUACAUUUGCUUGCUCUUCAUUGGUCUCGGGAUAUGCCCAAAAAGGUUUAAUCGAAGAUUUGUUUUUGUUAUUCCAUGAUAUGCUUCAAAAUGAGGUACCAAUCGAUGCCUACACAAUUUCAUCCGUUCUCGGGGCAGCUUCACUUUUGUGUCAAUCAGAAAUCGGAACUCAAUUGCACGCCUACAUUGAGAAGUUGGGAUUACAAGCCAAUGUAUCCGUUGGAAGUUCGCUAGUGACAAUGUACUCAAAAUGUGGGAGUAUCGAAGACUGCAGGAAAUCAUUUGACGAUGUUGAGAAGCCUGACCUUAUAGGUUGGACAUCGAUCAUAGUGAGCUAUGCUCAACACGGUAAAGGUGGAGAUGCCUUAGUUGCAUAUGAACUUAUGAAAAGAAAAGGAUUUCAACCUGAUGCAGUAACUUUCGUCGGGAUUUUAUCGGCUUGUAGCCAUAGUGGGCUAGUUGAAGAAGCUUUCUUCUAUCUUAAUUCAAUGAUUGAUGACUACAACAUUGCGCCGAGUCACCGUCAUUAUGCUUGUAUUGUUGAUCUUCUUGGUCGAUCAGGUAGACUAAGAGAAGCUGAAAGUUUCAUUAACAAUAUGCCUGUUGAGGCCGAUGCUUUAAUAUGGGGAACUUUGCUUGCUGCUUGUAAGGUUCAUGGUGAUUUCGAGCUCGGGAAGUUAGCGGCUAAAAAAGUGAUUGAAUUGGAACCAAGUGAUGUCGGUGCUUAUGUGUCGUUUUCAAACAUUUGUGCAGAUGGAGGACAGUGGGAAGAAGUCACAAAGAUUAGAAAUUCAUUUAACAAAACUGGGAUGAAGAAAGAACCUGGUUGGAGCCUUGUGUGAAAAGCAAUGAUGUCCUGAUUGCUGACCUUGUAAAAAGCAAAUAUACAAUUCAUGAUGUAUCAUCGACCACCUUCCUCGAUCAAAGCCAGAGUGUCUCAGUAGGGGCUGAAUCAAAACUUUCAACUAUUCAGAGAAAUUGUCUGUCAAAAUCCAUGAUAGCAGAGACUAGUUACAUCUUGCCUUGGAAAGAAAGAUUGUUCCAUCCAAUUUUGUUCUGCUUUGGUCUUACCAUGCUUGUUGUAUUAACAUUAUAUGGUUAACUUAGUAAAAGUAUGUAGUUAACACAGUUGAUAGUUAGUAAAUAUAAAUGUGUUGCACCUUAUUAAUCAUAUUCAAAUAUACAAUUAACUAUGAUUUUGAAAAUCAUUAACCACAAUUUUCAAGUAGAUAUUUGAAUACAAACUGCGGUUAAUGAACAUUAUACAAAUUAUCAUGCCAUUCAUCCACUAUGGGAAUAAUGUAUUUAUCUAUAAUAAUGUAUUUAUCAGUAAUGGAUCAGUAAUCAACACACAUCCUUCAUGAUUCAUUCUUCUUUUUCACUAAUAUUACCAUGCU